GCCCCGCCGCUGUCGCUCUGGAAACUGCCCCGGUGCUGGGGGGCGGCGGGCGGACCCCGACCUGCCGCGGCGGCGGCCUGGCCCCAAGAAACGCAGCUGAAUGGAGCUGAAAGGGCCACAGAUGCAAGAACUUGAACACGUUUCUGAAAGUUUGAGAUGUGUCUGACAGUGACUUCCUUACCUUACUAAUAAAGAAGAGUAUUUCAACCGGAACUUAGGACUUCUUGACUCCAACUUAUUAAUACACUAACUGGAACAGUUCUCCGUAGUAAAGUACUUACCCUGCUACAGAACAAUAUUAAUUUCACUACUGAUAAUGCAACUCAAUGGAGGAAAGUAAUGUUUUGAUAAGCAUGCGGGAAGAUCGUUCCUUUCAUGUUCGAUACAGGAUGGAGGCUUCCUGCCUAGAGCUGGCUUUGGAGGGUGAGCGCCUGUGUAAAGCAGGAGAUUGCCGAGCUGGUGUAUCUUUCUUUGAAGCAGCUGUUCAGGUCGGAACUGAAGAUUUAAAAACACUCAGUGCUAUUUACAGCCAGUUAGGCAAUGCCUACUUCUACUUGCAUGAAUAUGCAAAGGCCUUGGAAUACCAUCACCAUGAUUUAACUCUCGCAAGGACUAUUGGAGAUCUGCUGGGUGAAGCUAAAGCUAGUGGAAAUCUGGGCAACACCUUAAAGGUACUUGGGAAUUUUGAAGAAGCUAUUGUUUGCUGUCAGAGACAUCUGGAUAUUUCCAGAGAGCUUAACGAUAAGGUGGGAGAAGCAAGAGCACUUUAUAAUCUGGGAAACGUUUAUCACUCUAAAGGGAAAAAUGUAGCCUGUGCAGGGACUCAUGAUCCCGGGGAACUUCCAGAUGAUGUGAAAAAUGCAUUAGAAAAAGCUGCAAAUUAUUAUGAGGAAAACCUGACAAUAGUAACAGAGCUGGGUGAUAGAGCUGCGCAAGGACGUGCCUUUGGAAAUCUGGGAAAUACGCACUAUCUUCUGGGGAACUUCAGGAGUGCAGUUAUAGCCCACGAACAGCGUCUACUAAUUGCAAAAGAAUUUGGUGAUACCUCAGCUGAAAGAAGAGCAUACAGCAAUCUCGGAAAUGCCUACAUAUUCCUGGGUGAAUUUGAAACCGCUUCUGAAUACUACAAGAGGACGUUGCAGCUGGCUCGACAACUUAAAGACAGAGCUGUGGAAGCCCAGGCCUGCUACAGCCUUGGAAACACGUACACUUUGCUUCAGGACUAUGAAAAAGCAAUUGAUUAUCACUUGAAACACCUUGGGAUUGCUCAGGAAUUAAAUGAUAAAAUUGGCCAAGGAAGAGCAUGCUGGAGUUUAGGGAAUGCUUAUACUGCUCUGGGAAAUCAUGACCAAGCAAUGCAUUUUGCAGAAAGGCAUUUGGAGAUUUCAAGGGAGGUAGGAGACAGAAGUGGAGAACUCACUGCUAGACUUAAUCUCUCAGAUCUUCAAAUGGUUCUUGGAUUGAGCUAUAGCACAAAUAACUCCAUGAUGUCAGAAAACCACGUGGCUGACAACAGUUUGAAUGGUACCAGAACAAGAGUCGGACGCCGUCACAGUAUGGAAAACAUGGAACUUGUGAAAUUAACACCAGAAAAGGUUCAGAACUGGAACAGUGAGAUUCUUGCUAAACAGAAACCACUGGUUGCCAAACCUUCAGCAAAGCUGCAUUUUGUAAAUCGACUAAAAGGUAAAAAGUACAAAACCAGCACCUCUUCGAAAGUUUUGCAGGAUGCCAGUAAUUCUAUUGAUCAUCGACUUCCAAACUCUCAAAGGAAAAACAAUCGAGAGACAAUGGCAGAUGAAGGGUUCUUUGACUUGCUGAGUCGAUUCCAGAGUAACAGGAUGGAUGAUCAGCGAUGCUUCUUCCAGGAGAAGAACAGAUUCUCAACUGCUUCAGUAGCCACAUCCUCUACUCCACCUAAAACAAUGAGAAAAUCCUUUUCCACUUCUGUGGUCUCACCCCACACCGAUGAAUUUCUAGAUCUGCUUGCUAGCUCACAGAGCCGUCGCCUAGAUGACCAACGCGCUAGCUUUAGUAAUCUACCUGGACUUCGUCUUAAUCAACGGAACAGCCAGUCAGUCCUGGGUCACUUAAUGGCAAGCAACAACAGAGAACUGGAUGAUGACUUCUUUGAUAUACUGAUAAAAUGCCAGGGUUCUAGACUGGAUGAUCAAAGAUGUGCUCCUCCAUCAUCUGCAAAAGGACCGACUGUACCAGAUGAGGAUUUUUUCAGCCUCAUUUUACGAUCACAAGCUAAGAGAAUGGAUGAACAAAGAGUGCAUUUACCCUCGAGUAUAAAAGGACCAAAUUCUAGCUGAGAAAAGUAAUAGGCUGGCUCUGUACAGUAACAUUUUAUCUAUCAUUUUUGUUUGCUGGGAAAAAAAAACAUGCCUUUAAAAAAAAAAAGAAAGCAAUUAGUAAUUUUGUGUCCUUUUUAAUUAUUUUUGUAUAAAUAGCAGCAUCAUCCUCACUGACCUGUAGUUAAAGGUAGAGCUGCUGCUCCUGUUUGUAGUUGGCAGCUACUUUUAGCAGUGUCUGUUGGAAUUACUGACUACUCUAUCUCCCUCUUAACUGUCUGUAAUCUUUUACCAUUAAUAUGAACUUUCUUCUCCAUCAAGGUACUCCUGUUACAGAUGUGUGGACUCUACUGGUAUCUGUCUAGUGUAAGAUCUAAGUUUAUAUAUUCUUUUUAAGGAAAACUUGAUUUUUUCCCCUCUAAUUUGUACUUCCCUGGAAAAGGUCCUGUUUUCUUUUAUACUUUUUUUAAAAAUAAAAAUAAUUGAGAAAUAAAUAGCCUCAGUACUUACUCA